AUGUUCCCCGUGCGGGUGGCGGUGGAAACAGUUCGGGCGCAGCAUUGUCUUUCAUGCGCUCAUGACGGUCAUAUACUUGUUGACACCUAUGCCAUUGUAUCUGGUACCACAGUAUUGAGUCAGCUAGUUGAAACGGUUCUCUCAGCCCUCGGACAUCCACAACUCGCCCUCAAUGCUCGAGGUAAAAUGUCUUUGAUUUGUUUGGAUGUGAUUUCCUUCCUAUUCUUUCCUAGCCCUAUUCAUUCACUGUUUUAA